ACAGCCCAAGGAGGCGGGUUCGCCGAGGCCGCUCCAAGGCCAAAGCGAGAAGACCUUACUGCGCACGCGCAAUAGGCAGCCGAUGGAGCCACCGAUGGAGCCGUCCGGAGGGGAGCAAGAGCCCGGAGCCGUCAGGCUCCUGGACCUGCCUUGGGAAGACGUGCUGCUCCCACACGUCCUGAGCCGGGUGCCGCUACGCCAGCUGCUCCGGUUGCAGCGCGUCAGCCGGGCCUUCCGGGCGCUAGUGCAGCUGCACCUGGCGGGGCUGCGCCGCUUCGACGCCGCUCAGGUGGGUCCGCAGAUUCCGCGGGCCGCCUUGGCCUGGCUGCUGCGGGACGCGGAAGGGCUACAGGAGCUGGCGCUGGCGCCGUGUCACGAAUGGCUGUCGGACGAGGAUCUAGUGCCUGUCCUGACGCGGAAUCCGCAGCUGCGGAGCGUGGCACUGGCCGGCUGCGGGCAACUGAGCCGCCGCGCGCUGGGGGCGCUGGCGGAGGGCUGCCCCCGCCUGCAGCGCCUUUCGCUCGCGCACUGUGACUGGGUAGAUGGCCUGGCGCUGCGCGGCCUCGCCGACCGCUGUCCGGCCCUUGAGGAGCUGGACCUCACCGCCUGCCGUCAGCUCAAGGAUGAGGCCAUCGUAUACCUGGCGCAGAGGCGCGGCGCGGGCCUCCGCAGCCUCUCGCUGGCAGUCAACGCCAAUGUGGGGGACGCCGCGGUCCAAGAGUUGGCCCGGAACUGCCCGGAACUCGAGCACCUCGACCUAACCGGCUGCCUCCGCGUCGGAAGCGACGGCGUCAGGACGCUGGCCGAGUACUGCCCCGCGCUGCGCUCGCUGCGGGUGCGGCACUGCCACCAUGUGGCCGAGCCCAGCCUGAGCCGCUUGCGGAAGCGCGGCGUGGACAUCGACGUGGAGCCACCGCUGCAUCAGGCGCUGGUGCUGCUGCAGGACAUGGCAGGCUUUGCACCCUUUGUUAACCUGCAGGUCUGACCUGUCUGCCGACGGGGCACAGCUGGACUGUGUGGCGGGGCCUGACUAUGAACUGUAGGGAAACUGAACUGUGGGGGCCUCUGGUUAGAGGCGGAUGCCCUGCCCCACCCUGGAGCUUCAAAUAAAGAGAUUUUUACCCCCA